AUGGAUAGCUGCAUUUCAUCCCAUAGCCCUGGUGAGGCAGAACAGGGAGUGAAGGAGGGCCUGAGGCCCCCCAGUGAGCUGUUCGGGAAGUGCAGAAGGCUGCAAAUCUGGCCAAGACUUGCCAGGUGGCUUAGAGUCAGCACCAGUCCCUAAAAGCCAGGAGUGGGAGCGGCCAUCCUGGCAGCGCCUGAGCCAGGUCCAGGCAAGUGGGCCAAGUCCCUGAGCCUGUCCCUGGGACCAGAAGGCAUAGCCAGAGGGAAGCAUGGAUUUAAAUUCCAGGGCAUACGACUAGAGCUCAUCAUAUCCAAAGAGAAGGAGCUGAGAAUGACUGUUUAUAAGUGCUUAAAGCACACUGUCUCAUGCUGA